GGCAGCAGCAGCAGAAGUGGCAAUGAGACGCUCUGUGCUCUUCGCUGUGUGGCUUGGCCUGGUGCUGAGCCUUCUGAAAGAAGCCCCUGCUGAAACAUCUGCUGGCACAACAGUGGCACCAAGCUCAAUACCUGCAGAAUAUGGUAGUGAAAAUGAAUCAGGUCCUGACCCACCAGAGAUGCCAACCUCAGAAGGUACAGGAGACAGUACUGGUAGUGGAACAACUACUGAGCCACCAGAGACACCAAUCACCGAACCUUCAGACAACAGUACUGUAAAUGGAACAGAUCCUGAGCCAACCGCAGGACCUGCAGAUAACACUACUGCUAAUGGAACAGCUACUGAGCCAACUUCAGCACCUGCAGUGGACUUCUGCAGUGGAGAUCCUUGUGGAACAGCUGCCUGUAUUUCCUUACAAAGCAAUUAUACCUGUGUGUGCAAAUAUGGAUCCUACUACAGCAAUAAGACUUGUGAAAAAGGGCAAAUAUUCCCAGCCACCAUUGCAGUGAAUGCACCUUACAGUGAAAAUCUUCAAUUUGUAAAUUCCACAGAGUAUCAAGAACUGUCCAAAAAUUUAUCAGCAUUUUUUAAGGAGGCCUUCAAAAAUCUAACAGGCUAUGAAGAAACUGUCAUCGUGAAAAUUCAACAUCCAAGUGAAAGCAGAAAUUCUGUUCCAGGACUGAAUGUAGCAGUGACAAACCUGUUCAGGGAGAGCUCCAAUGCAACUGAGGCUGCAGUUAGCGCUGCAAUAGAAGAGGCAAUUGGGAAUGACGGGUCCUUAGUCAAUUCUUAUAAGGUGGCAGCACAUUGUGAUAUUUAUGGAUGUGAUCCUAAAACCACAGUGUGUGAAGGGAAAGAUUUUCCAGAAUGCAAAUGCAAACCUGAUUUAGAAAAAAAACAAGGGGAUGACCUUUCUUGUCCAGUUUGCAGUAAAACCUGCUCUGCAGCGAAACACAAGUACUGCAUACAAGAAGAAAAGAGUCAAACAUGCAAAUGUAUGAAUAACUUUUUUAAAAAGCAGGACGGAGAAUGCAUGGCAUGUUCAGUGGGCUUCUCUGGGGAGGAAUGCACUGACAAUAGUGAACUCAUCCUUAUAAUAGUGGGCACAGUGUUUGGAGCCAUUAUCCUGAGUUUAGUGAUAGCAGUCUCUGUCAUUUCAGUCAGAGCAAAGCACAAACAAAAUCCAGAGAAGAGGAGCCUGAUGAAGUCAGGGUAUUCUGACAUGAGCACCUCUGAAGACAGGCCAAGCAUGUUCCCCAGGGUCCAGACCACUUCUGGCCACGCAAACCCAGGAUAUCAGCCCAACAACCCCUAUGAGAUGCGUUCCACAAAUAGAGAUCGUUUUCCAGAGAGGGAUUAUGAUGAUUUGUAUGAAAUAUCACGGGAGCCCACGGGCUUUAGGACGCAGAGCAGAUAUUGAGUGAGCAGAGCAGCAGAAGGAUGGACGACCACCACAACACUGGGACAGAGCAAAGAGUUUCACAGCUUCUCACCAAUGCAGUUUCUUCAGCAGAAGAGACAACAACGACCUUAACCCCAGAUUCUCUCAAGAUUUUCUAGAGGAAGAUUCCUGCUUGAAAGAGAUCAGCUUUGAAAUAAGGGGAAAAUGUUAGGGAGUAGGGUGAAGAAGAGGACUUCUUUUAAAAGAACUAAUGUGCUCCAAUAAACAUUAGGCUUCUUCAAUGAGGCCAGUGCAUUGGCAAGAGAAUGAACGUACACAAGACGCCAGGAUUUUAAUUCUGCUGGUUUUCAGUUCUUCUGGAAGACGGUCCAGACAAUAUGUGUGAUGCUGAAAUACAUCAGUACCCAGAGCUUCACUUGGAUUUGUGCUCACUUAAUUUGAACUACAGUUUUGGGCCAAUGAAAACUGUUUUUCAUGAAAAUCUGACCUGUUUCACUUUACUACAUUAGAUCCAGGUUUUUUCACCCUCCUCAACCCCCCAGUAUU